AGGAAAACAAAAAAAUGGCGCCUAUUUCGCUUAAAGAUCCAAACAUACAGGCACUUGCCGAAGAGUUGGUAAAAGAGCUUACCAGUUUUAAGGUAAUAGGUAUCUUUUUUACCACAGUGUAAAAUGAUAUUUCUGAAAGCAAAUCGGUUUCAUUUUUUCCAGAGAUCUUCAAGAAAUUUUACUCUCUCCGUCCAGUUCGUCUUAUCUAACUUUCGGUGAGUUGAAAUUUGAUUUUGCAAUGGUAACAUGUCUCAUUCCUUGAAGCAUUGAUGAGGCACACGUUUGACGAAAAAUGCAGUGAUAAAAAAGAAAAAGGUUUCUUUAGUUCCUGCUAGUUUGUGAUUUUAAACUCAGAUUUCUUGACGUGUCGUGUACUUGUCGAUAGGCGUUUGUUGAUAUAUUGGUCGUGGUUUGCAAAAGACACUUGACCAGAUUAAUUAAAACAGGAAAUCCAAAAGUCUGCAAGACUGCAAACAAUUAGAUUUUCAAUGCAGUGAUUUUUUUCAGUCCCUUUUUGUCUUAAGAGCGCUUACUUUACAGGUACCAUCAGUUUUUGGAUGUCAAUAGCCAAAAAGUGGAAAGGAAUAUUGAUGGGUGAGUUAAUAUCAGUGGAUAUAUUUUAAUUAAAACCUUUUUUUGAAAAUUAUUAAAUUGUAUAGCUGUGUAAUUAAUUAUGAUAAAUUUAAAUUAUUUUGCUCAUGCAGUUUUGAAUUGUUACAAGAAAUAAGCAAAGUAAUUUUUGUGUACUUAACCCAGUAACUCCCAGAAGUGAUCAAAAUGUAACUUCUUUAUAAUUAUUCAUACAUUACCUAGCAAACAGGUAAUGAGAAUACUCCAACCUUAUCAGGUAGAAGUUGUUAUCUUGAUCUAAUACCAAAUUCUUGCAACAAAUUUACAAGGAAAUGUGUAAGAGCCAGUAGGGAGAGUUAGCGAUCAGAUCUUGGGAGUUAAAGAGUUAAACAUUAGAGCAAUAUCAGUACAAUAUCAAGCAGACAAGUGAUGAGAAUAAAGAAAAAUCUUAAUUAGGGGAUUAUUAGUUGACUCAAUACCAAAUUCUCCAAACUAACAUCACAAGAACUAUAUAGCAGACUGUAAUGAGAUCUUGGGAGUUGAAGGGUUAAAAGACAUUAUAAUAUUUGAAUGAAGAAACAUACACAAAGUUAAAUGAGAUGUGCAUUCAUGUGAUGUAUUUUGCUUGAAUCUUAUUGACAGUGUUUGCCAGAAGCUGAAAGUUCAUUCUCAGUUGGAGAAGGCAGAAAUUUUGAGAGAUUUAUGUAACAAGUUUCUGAACUUGCCUUUAACUACACAGUCCCAGGAAUUGAUAAAGGUACAUUUUAUUUGGGAGUAGGUUAUUCAGAAUUUUUUUCUAGCUCAUGUGAUUUCAUGUUUCAAACACUUAACCCUUUCACUCCCACAAGUGAUUAAAACAGAAUUUCUCCUUACAAUAUCAAUACAAUAUCAAGCAGGUAGGUGAUGAGAAUAGAGAAGAAUAUCAGUCAUGGGAUUAUUAGUUGAUCUAAUACCAAAUUCUCUGAACUAACAUCAUAAGAAUUGUAUUGCAGAUAGUAAGGAGAAUUACCAAUUAGAUCUUAGGAGUGCUAAGAGUGACUAGCAUCUAAUUUCUCCUUACAAUAUUACACCUCAAUCACCUAUUAUGGUCACAAGAAUAACAGGAAUGAUCACCAUUUUGUCAGAUGGAGGUUGUCAUCUUGAUCCAACACAAAAUUCUUAUAACGUCUUGAUGAGAAAAAGUGUGACAGCUUGACAGAAGAAUUAACAAUCAGAUCUUGGCUGUUAAAGGUUUAUCAAUGAGUAACUGCUUGUUUUUUUUAUUAAAUUUACAGACAGAUGCCCAUUAUUCUCUCAUCCUGUUAUUGUUGACUCUUGCUGAUUCUCCAACUAAUGUUGAUUACGAGCCACCUCAAUCUCAACAAUCUUCAGGUAUGGGGAAGGUUUUUGCUUGGUGCCUGUUGCUGGCUGAGUAAGGGGUGAUCCCCAUCUAUAAUUUGGGUGGUGAUCACUUUGUAAAGGACAACAAAUGGCUUGUAGGUAAUGCACCCAUGAUCCUAUGAUAUCAAAACACAUCUUCUCAGUAAUAAGGUUUAAAUAAACUCUUGAAUAUCUUAAGUAUCAGCGCCAUUUUGAAAAAUAAAGGAAUUGGAUUAAAAUCCUGUUUUGAGCAAUUGUUUAUCAGUUCCUCUUUAUAUGUCCAGCGUUUGCCAUUAACUGAUUCAUGAAUAAAUUGCACUACUGAGAGCCAAUCAGAUUGCCAGGAUUACCACUGAUUUCCAAAUGAAUGUAGUAUAAUUGAAUAUCUUAUAUACACAUCAAUUUGAUGUGAUUGUUGUUUGCGUGAUAUGUCAUUUUGCCUUGAAGUCCUAAAAUUGGUUGUCUCUUCUGUUUUAAUUGUAGAAGAGGAGUGGUUUGACUGGAAAAGUUAUUUACUUGAUGGAGAAGAAGAAGAAAUUCUUGGCCUGCCUGUUCAGUAUGAUCAGGUAUUGACUUUGAUUUACCAAUUUUGUUUGUUAUUUUUGGAGGAAUUCCCUUAGAGUAAACAAACAUGAUAUUCAUAAAAUAGAUUGUUGAAUCUCUGAACUGAGUGAAGUUUCUCAGUCUCCAUCUAAUAUUUUGAUAAAAUUGUUUUUACAUGAUAUGUUACUUACUUUGUGUUAUAUUUGCAGGAUUGGUCGGAUGAAGAGGUAAAAACAUUUUCCGGUUUAAAUAACAUCAUUUUAGAUAUUUUUUACUUUUACUUAUUUAGAGCUUUUUACUAAAGAUCUAGAAAGCCAAGUUUUCUUUAAAAAAUCUGAGUGAUUGACAUGAUGAGUCUUUACGGUGUUGUUGUCACACAAUAACUCGUUUGCGUCUUAAGUUGUUAUAGUCAUUGGUGAUGUUCACCAAUGUUCAAGCUUCUGUUUGAUGUUCACCAAUGUUCACCAGUGUUUUUUUUACUAAAUAUCGUUUACUUUUCUGUAUGUUUAACUUCUAAUAAGUUGUAUUGGAUUGAGGACCAACUUGCCGACGUCUCUACUCGAUUUUAUACGUCGGCGAGUUGGCAUCGGCGAGUUGGUCCGUCGGCGAGUUGACUGGAUACCAAUUUCUCCUUACACUAUCAGUAUGAUAUCAAGUAGAAAAGUUAUGAGAAUAAAGAAAAAUAUCAAUUAGGGGAUUACUGGUUGAUCCAAUUCCAAAUUCUCCAAAUGAAUGUCACAUGAAUUGUAUAGCAGACAGUAAGGAGAAUUACCAAUGAAAUCGUAGGAGUUAGAAGGGUUGAAUGUUUCACUCUAAGAUGAGAGAGCCAACUCUUCCCACACAUGACUAUACACUUCAUGAUUUGCUAAUGCUGAGAAUUGCAUAUUCCAUCAACUGAAGGCAAUAUAGCUUGGUUGAUAAUUUUUCCGAUUCUUAAUGCGUCACUGCUUGAUAUUGUAAUAAUAAAAAUGGGGAAAACUAACCCAUGAAUUAAGUUGAGAGUGAAAUGGUUAAUUAAAGCUGUUAUUCUUAUACAGGAUGAGGACUUGGAUGUGAUCAGUGAUUCUGGGAUCAGCGUUGUUGAGAGGCAAUUGGCUGACAAUGAAGAAGAAUCUCAGAGAAGUGUAGAGCACAAUGUCAGUGAUAGAGAAGGGAUCAUAAGCCCCAGGGAUGGCAGGGUAUGGUUACUGUAAAUAAUAAUGGAAUAUUAACAGAUAUUCAAAGGAAUCUUGACUGGUCAGUUAGAGUUUUCAUUGAAAACUUUAAUAGCAGGGUAAUAGGCUAAUUGAAUGGCUAAGUAACAAGUUUGUAUUUUUCAUCCUCGGAAUUUUUGGUUACUCACCGACCAAUGCCAACAGCAUUGCUCUGCCCCCCCCCUCCUGAAGAACAAAAUUUAAAAUCUAAGUGUUUUUUUUGUUGUUUUUUUUUUACAGGAUGGAAGCUGGAUUUCAGAUCACAUAGUUCCUCAAUAUUGGGAGAACACAUCCAACAAUUUCACUCACACAAACACAUCAGAAUGGAAUUGUUCCAUAGCAGAAUCAUGGUACAGUACAUCUCUAUUUAACCCUUAACAGUCCUUAGCAUCAGUAUGCAAACUCUCUAUACUAUGCUUUAUACAUUUUCUAAGGUGUUGACAAGGAGAAUUUGUUUAACAAUCAAGAGCUUCUUUAGUUGGUGAUAAUUUUCUUUUUUCUCAUAACCUAAAUGUGUAAUUUGGGGAUGAUAUUGUUAGGAAAAAUUAGAUUUUAAUCACUCUUAGGGGUCAAAGGGUUACGAAGUCUUACAUAAAUGUUUAGGAUCAAUAUCAGUAUCUGGGCAACUGCCCACCUACCCCUCCCCUAACCCAACAUUAACCCUAAAUUGUUAUCAAUUGACUGUUGUUGAGUCAGGGGAGGGGUAGGUGGGCAGUUGCCCAGAUACUGAUAUUGAUCCAAUGUUUACUUAGUAGUACUGAUUGAAAUUACUUUGAAUUCAACUCUUUAAAUUCCAAUGCUCUCUAAUACUGCAGCCUCAAUCAUAUACACCCUAACAUCAGUAUGCAUAUUCUCCAUACUGUUCUCUAUACAUUUCCUAACAUGCUGACCAGGAGAAUUUGUUUGAAAAUCAAGAGUUGUUUUUGUGUAUGAUCAUUUUUUUUUGUAGUCAUGACCUCAACAUGUGAUUCAGAAGUGACACUGCGAGGAGAAAUAGGAUGUUAGUCACUCCCAGGAAAUUUAACCCUUUAACCCCCAAGAUCUCAUUACUAAUUCUCCUUACUGUCUGCCAUACAGUUCUUGUGAUGUUAGUUUGGAGAAUUUGGUGUUGGAUCAACUAAUAGUCCCCUAAUCAAUGUUUUUCUUGAUUCUCAUUACUUGCCUGCUUGAUAUUGUAUUGAUAUUGUAAGGAGAAAUUCUGUCUUGGUCACUCAUGGGAGUUAAAUGGUUGAUGAAGUGGUUUCUCUUUACAGCUUUACAGCUUUACAGUAUAAGCAUUAUCUAAAAUUAAAUCUUCAUUUUUUUAACUCUGUAAACCCAGGGAUAGCUAUCAAAGUGGACGCAAUCCAUUUUAUCACAGCAAUUGUAACAAGACACUCACAGAGACUCAGAUUGUGAGGGAGACCUUGUGGUGAGGCGUAACAUUGAUCUGUUCUUGCCUUUUGAAUCUUUCGCCUAUUUUUAUGUCAUUAUUUUUCUGAUAAGCUGACCAUUGCUACCCUGUCAAAAUAUGGCACACCUCGUAAAAAUACUCAGUGAUACUAGACACCAAAACAUUGAAUAAGAUAUUUGUAUCAAAGCUUACAGUUUACAUUUGUCUGUAGCCUUCAUUAAUUUACACCACUAGGAUUCUUGUGCAUGUAUUCAUAACUGUAAUAUGAAACAAAUAAAAAGGUAAAAAUCAAAUCAAACUGGUUACAAAUUAGAAUUUUUAUCAAACCAUGGUUUUCUUUGUAGGAUGCUUGCUGGAGCACAAAACACAUUUGUGUACAGACAUAGGCAGUAUGGCAGAAUAACUGUCCAAGGUGGAAUACAGGUUCUUCACCUUACUCCAGUAAGUUAGUUGAGGCUAGAAAUCUCUCCUCACAAUUCUGUCUGUUAACUGCAUUUGCUGUUUCAAAAUUUCAUGAUGGUUUAAAAUUUUCAAAGCAGUUUUUCAUUUUUACAGUAUUUAUUGUCAAUAUUAGUCUGAAACAACCCCAAAAAAGCCAUGAUACUGUAGAUUGAAAAACUAUUAAAUCAAGAAAAUAACUAUCCAAACUGUUAGGAGCAAUCCUGUUGAAUUUUUAGAAAAUUCCAAAAUAUUUUAGGCAGUAAUACAACAGGCAGGCAGCAUUUUUUGCCAUUUACUGCCUGAAAAGGAGAACACUGUAGAUAGAAUGGUAGAUAUUUUAUUUACUAAGAUUUAAUACUACAUUUCCAGCAUUAGAUCAAAUAUUACUUUGCAAAUGUGUAUUAAAAAAAAAGAAAAAAAAGAACUUGAUGAAAUGUGACAAAGAAAUGUAAUGAGUAAUUACUGGCCGAGAUUGAGCAUGAUAUCAUGAAUUAUUAAAGCCAAGGUCUGAGUUAUCUGCUAAAGCUGAAGGCUGAGGCAGAUAACAAAGAUACCUGGUUGAUAAUUCAUGAUAUAAUGCAGAAAACCAAAUUUCAAAACUUGUCUUUUAUACAUUUCUUGAACAAUCUGCAGAAGAAGACACAGGUAUUGGGUUAUUUUGUCAACUUUGCAUGCUAUUGCGGAUUGACUGUAUGCUCUUGACCAAUCAGAGUUUAAAUAGUAGGUCUAAUGUAUAAAAGUUAACUUAAUAGGACACGCAGUAUCAGUGUAGGUCCCAUUUAUGCACAAUUUGUAGAUGUAAGAGCCCAGCUUGUUAUUAUACUUACAGGUAACGUAGUUGUGGUUGAAAUUGGUUAAUUUUUUAUGGCAUGUUCCUUUCAGGAAUCUCUGUCCAGUUUGUUGUCAUCGUUUGCUUUGGCUGGAGAGGAGAGUCUGUUUUUACAGAAGUUUAUCUUGUCAGUUGUUGAUCCACAAAGCAAGCCAACACAGACAUUACAAGCAUUUGUAAAUUCACUGUCUGGUUACUUUAAGGUAAUACAGAGCUAAAAAACUAACAGCAUGUCUUUUGAGUCAUCUAGCUUGAAUUUGUUUUCUAAUGUUUGGAGACCCUUCUGAAAUACUUGUGAUUGUUUAAGAAAUACUGGUAUCAUUUUAGACAAGUGUGAAAAAAUUUUACAUGGAAUUUGAGUGUUAGUUUGGAUGUAUUCUUUGUUCUGCCCAAAGACAAAGUUUCUUUCAUCUCUUUUCAGGAAUUCAAAUCACUUCUUUCUUCCCUUGAAAAAGACAUUAUCAAACAGGGUAAUUAAAAAUAACUAAAAGUUGUUUUUCUGUGUUGAUAAUAUUGUAUUCUUGGACCUGUUUUAUGCUACUGAUAUACUUUGUCUCAAGUGAUAACAAAAGAAUGAAUGCCUACAAUUAUAGUUAAUUAAUUUUUAAUAAAUAGGUAUUAAAUAUAAUCUUUCUUUUAAGUGUGAUUAUAGAACAUAUUAAAAUCACUGAUUAAAUUGAUGUUAUACUUCAUAUUUAUAAUUUUUGCAUAAAUUCUCUAAAUAGCAGUGAAUGCUUAUUAAAUGCAGUUAACCCUUUAACUCCCAAGAUCUCAUUAGUAAUUCUCCUCUCUGUCUACCAUACAGUUCUUGUGGUGUUGCUUGGAGAAUUUGAUAUUGGAUCAACUAAUAAUCCCCUAAUUGAUAUUUUUCUUUAUUCUCAUCACUUGUCUGCUAAAUAUAGUGUUGAUAUUGUAAGGAGAAUUUCUGUCUUGGUCACUCGUGGGAGUUAAAGGGUUAAAUGCAAUUUAACAGAGUUAGCUACAAAGAGCAUCAGCAUUCUCUAGUAGUCAGGGGUUUUUUUACGAAUGCCCAUGUGUCGGAAUUCCAUAUACUCUUUGUUUGAGGCGUUCUUGUGUGUGCCUUGAGUGUGAACUUGCAGUGUUGUGAGGGGAGGUGUCAGCUCAUUGUCCACGCAGUUUUCCCCACCCCUUUCCUCCCUCUUUCCACUGUUUAUUCAGUGUGAUGGGUGCCUGUUUCUUUUUCCUGUGUGAGGACUCACGGCUGGGUUGCCAGGAUUUGCCAACCAUGGGAGAAGUUUCCAUCUAGGAGCUGGCUGCCAAUUGUGGAAGCUCCUGGAUGUUUUGGGCACCCAACCUCCACUUAACGACGCAGUUGUUAAAAGUUACUUUUUUACAAUGGUGUAGACUUGUCAUGAUAUACUGUGCACAUAAUUGAUUUUUCAGAAGAGUCCAUUUCAUUAUUCCUGCUUCAAAACAAACUAAGGACAAAACUAGAAGAGGUUAGUUAAAAAGUUCAUCAUUAUUCUGCAUCUGAUAUUUAAUUUCAAUCAUCCAUUUUAUCAUUGACAGAUCUUCACCUAAGAAGUGGUGGCUAGUGGGGGAUAUUUACUUAACUGUAAACACUCUUAAUCCUUUAGCUCCCAGAUCAAAUUUGUAAUUCUCCUUUCUGUCAACCAUACAAUUCUUUUAAUGUUAGUUUAGAGAAUUUAAUAUUGGAUCAACUAAUUAUCUCCAAAUUGAUAUUUGUCUUUAUUCUCAUCACUUAUCUGGUUGAUAUUGUAUUGAUUUUGUAAGGAGAAUUUCUGUCUUGGUCACUCAUGGGAGUUUAAGGGUUAACAGUGAGACAAUAAUGCACAAAAUAUGAUUAUCUAUUUAAUAACUAAUUUAUUCCUACAAUGACUACAGUAUUUUCAGGUGAAUAACAAAUGAUAUUUGGAGUUUGAGUAGCCAAUCAGAGCAAGCCUUCAACGUUAUCCUCUGUUUUUGUUUAUACUAGUUUUGUUUAUAUAUUGUGAACUAAAUGAAAGUUAUAAAUUUGAGUUUUCAAAAAACGUAAGAAUUGGAAUUGCCAGCAGUAUCAUUAUGCAUGUUAUCAGCAAAAUAUGGUUGGAUAAUAGCAGAGCUCGCAGAGCAUAGCCCCAUAAUUAUACAAAGUAGUAGUAACCCAUCAAGCCAAAAAAAUUUGGUUGUAUGACCGUAUGACUGUACAAGGUGCUACCUUUAACAUGCGUGGUCAACUGUACUACGGGCAUGCCAACGUCAUGGCUUUGUCCAGUAGUCCGGUGGUCAGUGCACAGGGCUCUGAGAUGGACGACCCGGGUUCUAGUCCUGGCCAGGGCAAGGCAUUGUGCCCUUGAGAUGUGCAGGCUCCACUUUUAGGCUUGGCUAAAUCUAUAUUAGCUGCUACAUUGUGGUCUAACACAUUUCUGGUUUUGUUUAUCAGAUAUCUUCCUUGUAUAAUAUAUAUCGAGCUGCAAUUUUAAACACAGAAGGAAUGAAUACUGCCAAGGUAAAUAAAGGGAUGUAUCGUAGUGAAACACUUUAUCUCUCAAGAUCUGACUGUAAAUUCUCCCCUCUAGCUGCUACACAAUUUCCUUGUAAAUUAGUGACGAGAAUUUGGUUUUAGAUCAAGAUGACAGCUUCUACUUGAUAACUGGAUAAGUUUGAAUAUUCUCAUUUCCUGUUUGAUGGUUAAUGUAUGGUUAUUAUAUAGAGAAGUUACAAGUUGAUCACUUCUGAGAGUUAAAGGGUUGAAUGUUGAAAAAGGGAAAUGUUUUGAGCAAAGUGAGUUUAUUGCAGACAUAUUGUUAGUAGCAACUUCUUGGUUUUGUAUUUAUCAGAAAACUUGCAGGCUGCUGACAACAUUGUACAGAAAUAUCAUUCAGGCUGAUGGACUUGGAAGUGCGGCAAAAUGGAAGGUGAAUGUGAGGAUGAUUUUGAUAAUUUAAGGAGAAAUUAGAUGCUAGUCACUCAUAGAGGUGAAAGAGUUAAAUGUUUUCAAGACCCACAAUUAGUUGAGGUACUUUUUGCCACUCAUACCAGUGAGGAUAAGAGUAAAUAUACAAUUUCACUCCAAAGAUCUAAAAAUUUAUUAUAUGCAUGGUCUGCUUCACAUUUUGUACAUUCUUAGCUCUGGUGUUAAGUCAAGCAACAAUUGUCAAGAAGUUGACAAUUGUUUAUUCCUCUUAUCAUCACUUUUCUGCUUGAAAAUGCAUCAAUUUGAUGAUAUAAAGUGAAUUUAAUAACUAUAUAUUUGUGUGGAAUGAAAGCUUCCAAUUGAUUAAAAUUGGGCAUCACUAAAACUUUUGCAUUGUAUAUUCUGACCUAUGAGGUAUGCAAGUCACCUUACAAAAGUAAACAAGCUGUAUGAAUGAACAUACUUGAUUGAAUUGGGUUUUUCUUCAUUUUGGCUCAAUAAUUAGAGCGCUAGACUCCAGGUUGAGAAGUAUGGGUCCAAGACCUGGCUGGGACAAUAUGUUCUGUUUUUGGACAAAAUAAUCCACUCUUACAGUGCCUCUCUACAUCCAGGAGUAUAAAUGGGUACCAGUAAAUUGUCCAGGAUGGCUUGUGAAAUGUUAGGGGGGGGUAACCUUGUGACAGACUGGUAUCCCAUCUAGGGGAGAGUACUUAACCCUUUAACUGAGUGACCAAGACAGAAUUUCUCCUUACAAUAUCAAUACAAUAGCAAGCAGACAAAUGAUGAGAAUAAAGGAAAAUAUCAAUUAGAGGAUUAUAAGUUGAUCCAACACCAAAUUCUCCAAACUAACAUCACAAGAGCUGUAUGGCAGACAGUAAGGAGAAUUACUGACGAGAUCUUGGGAGUUAAAGGGUAAUCUCUGGCUGGAUGGGUCACUUGGCUUGAGUACAGGCUUAUUAAGUCUAUUAAUAAUCUUAUUAAUAACCUUUUACCUACCUUAUUUUGGAUUUUCAGGUCAACUUGUUUUUGAAAAUUUUUCUUCAAACUGUUGAGCCAUGUCUUCGGUUUAUUGACGAGUGGGUGACAUCAGGUCAUGUUCAUGAUCCACAUGAUGAGUUUUUUAUUGAAAGGUAGGUAGUUUGGUAGCUUGAUUGUUAUGUCUUGAGAUGUUGUGUGAAUCUGCAACUGAAAAUGAAUGUCAACCAUAUUCUGCUUACUCCUAAGACAAUUGGUGUGGUGAGCGGUUUUGUACUUUAUGUACAAAUAUAUUGCACAAUUUCUGGCUACCAAAAUUUUUUUAAAAUAUUGAGCUUGGGGAUUGUUUUGUCUAAAUAUCUGAGUGAGCUUCUUUUUUUAUUGCAAUUAUUUUUAUUUCUAGAGUUCAGUCCAUUGCUGUGGACAGUGAGACCUUUUGGUCAGAUGGUGUGGUCCUCAGGUGUGCCAAUCAACCACUGGACAGUGUUGUGCCUUGUUUUUUACAAGAUUUUGUUGAUCAGGUAAUAUCUGGGGUACUAAUUUAAGUUACACUGUGCCAACAUCUGUAAUUCCUGCUGAAUAAGAUAUGAAGUAAUGUUUUAAUAUCAAUGAUAAAUAUGGUACAUUGUGAAAUUAAGAUUAUCAUUUUUGCUAGUAUCACUAGAAAAUGUUAAUUUUCAUUGUAUUUCAUUGAGAUAUAAACAAGUUCUUAUGUCAUGGAUCUUACAACUGUUGUAAGUUUUAGAGUAUAGAAAAUGUUUUACCAUUGAAUUAACUCAAGGUUUUAAUAACCUGAUUCCUAAAUAUACAAGUACAAGAGUGAUAUACAAAAAUGAAUAAAUAAGCUUUGUAAACAAAUAAACACAAAAGACAUACACAAAACUAUUUGAACUAAAAUUACACAGAUUCCAAGGUGGUGGCAUGUCACUAAGAGAGUUCUUUGCACAGAUUUUAAUUGUAAAGAGUAUGGUAAUUUUGGUAUAUAAUGAUGGUAUUUUAAUUUUGCUUUUUCAUAUUGACAGAUAUUCCGUGCUGGGAAGUCUGUGGAGUUAAUUGAAGGCCUUGGAAAGGUAAAAGGAUAGAAUUUUAGAUCUUAUUUUCAUUAUUUAGGUUAUAUCAACAUGUAUAACAUCUUGCUUUGGUUACAGUUCUCAAACCAAUACAAUAAAUAUUAAAUAAUUACUAAAUUAAAUGAAUCCUUUUUAAAUUUAAAGUCACAUUUUCCUUUCAUCAGAUUGGUAAACUUCACUCUUUUCAAACUAGAGGUCAGUAGCAUUAGUUUUAAUUAUUACUUUUAAAUUUAUUCCUUUCUGGGCAAUGCAAUUAUAAUAAUUAUAUAUUAUCAUAAAUUAUAAUCAUUACUUCCAGCAAACUUCAAAAUGGCCAAUGCCUGCUGAAGGAAAUCAGAGUCUAUUAACUUCAUGCAACUGUUCUUAGACUUAUUAACUUCAUGAAAUCAGUUUUGAUUUUUUUCAUUGUAAAGAAUACUGUAUUUAUUUAUUUGCAUACAAAAUGCUUGGAAAUAUUUCAUCACCAGUUCCUCUGACUCCAUUAAGCCUCAUGAAAUAUCUUUCCUUUCUCAGGAAAAUCAGUCACUGGAAUUUGAUUUUUCCUUUUUUCUUCUUCUUCUUCUUCUUCUUCAAAUGUAGGGCCUUUGCACCAAGAGUUUUUGGAUAAAUUGUUGACUACUUUAUCAGAUAUCUCUAGUGAGUGAAAAAACAAACCAUUCUGUGUCAUGUGUUAUUUGUAAUGUCGUGAUACUUUAAUGUCAUUGUGUGUCAUGUUAUAACAUUCCAUGGGGGCUUGUUUUGUCCUCUGUAUGAUAAUUGAUGUGUGUAUCCCAAAUGGAAGAGAGUUUGCUGCAUCUCCCUUUUUGGUUUAGUCAUAGCAUGUUCUUUUACUUGCAGAAGCAUCAAAUGAAGAAGAUGGUUCAGCUGUUGAUCAAAUGAGUCUCUUGAAUACCAUAACAGAUUCUAACCAAAUCAUGUCGGUUAUUGAAGAUACUGGUGACCAUGUUCUGAAGCUUGCAUUUGUGGAAACAGAAGCACCAGUUGAUCAGAGAUAUUCCUUGCAAAAAAGGUAUUCUUUUGGUUACUGUUUUAUCAAUGAUAGUAAUUUUUUUUUCAUAUAUUUUUUGUCCAUCUAUAUAAUUUAAUAGUUAACUUGAUAUAUUUUUUUACUGCUCUUGCAGUGUAAUUAUAAUCCACUAAAUAAAUGCCUUUGAAAUCAGAAGGAUUUAUUUAAUAAUUAGGGUUGAAUGCCACUGAAGUCCUAAACUAGGUUUUGAUUCUUCUUGUGUGUCAAUUUUUAACAGAACUGUAAGUUUUUUUUAGCGUUCCUUCUGUUGAUCCUAAUACAGCAUUUCCUUGAAUAAGCACCCAGGCACUUAUUUAUAAUUUUGGCUGUAAGGAUGGGGUGGGGCUCUUAUUGGAGGGAGGGUACUUAGUUGAGAGGAGAUGCUUAUUAUUCUCCUGUACUGAUUCUGAAGUAGUUGAAACUUAAAAGGUUUAAAUAAAAUGGCUUGUAUCCCUACAAUUAAAGAAAGUUUAGGGUGUUGGGUAGUUUUCAAUGGAAUCUGCCCUUUUAACUGAUGCUUAUUUUUUAUACUGUAGCUCUACUGCAGAAAAACUGGACAGGAUUUGUUCAGGUGAUACAGCAUUGAUUUUGAGAGGCUAUUUUUUCCCCUUACCUUUGAUAAAAUAAUUUGUGAUCAGUAAACUGUCAGUAGGUUACAAUUAAAACAAGUCACUGCUACAAAAAAUUUCAUGAACAGGCAACUUUUUUGAAAGCCAUGCUUGCAUUUCACAAAAACAUUUAUUUAUGCUUUUACAUUUUUGCAAUGGUUGACACUCUCUCCCACUCUGUGCCUGGCACAUGUUACAACCAACCAACUGCAAUAUUGCUUUGCGGCGUCUACAUUUCAAAAAGAAUAUUCUGUGAGGAAGCAUGCCCAUGACCCAGAGAAAAAGCUCUCAAACUGUUGGCUACCUACUCCCUAAUUUAACUAGAACCCUGUGUAUAUUUACUUAAGUUUGGAAUCACUAUUGAUUUGUCUUUAGGUGUUUGCAAAUUGCUCAAACCGGUGGAGCUGUUGCUUUCAGAAUGCCUAACACCUCUGCUUGAAGAUUGCUGUACACAGGUUGGUUAGAUGUAGGAGAGGAACAUGUGAAAAAAAAUUCAAAUUAUGGUUGUUUACCUAAUUUGAUCUAUCUCUUUUUUAGGGAAGCUGUUUUGUCAUUCACUUACUAAAAACAGAUUAUUGUCUUUUGGAUCAUUUAGCUGCUAUGAGGGUUGGUUAAAAUAAUUUUUUUUCCUGCAAAUUUACUGCUUUUAAUUACUAGAUAACUAGAUUCAAUUAUCCAUCAAAAGCUAAUUUUUGAUCAAUUUUUCUGCUAUAGAAUUUCUUUCUCUUGGAGGCUGGUGAUGCAAUGCAUCAAUUUUACAUUGAGAUAUUUAAUAAGGUAAAGUGUUAGAUGUAGUUACUUCUGAUCAGAACUUUUUUCAAUGUUUUUCUUUUUUGAUCAACCCUUUAACUCUCAGAAGUGAUUCACGUAAAACUUCUCCCUAUAAUAUCCAUACAUUCUUCAGCAAACAGGUAAUGAGAAUAUUCAAACUUAUCAGGUAGAAGCUGCUAUCUUGAUCUAGCACCAAGUUCUCAUAACUAAUUUACAAGGAAAUUUGUAGCAGCUACAGGGGAGAAUUAACAAUCAGAUCUUGGGAGUUACAGGGUUAACAACAGUUGGUCAGUUUAAGAAUAGUUAAAAGUAGUUAUUGAGUAACUCUUAGCUGUUUUAACAGGCAAGGCAUCGUGUAACGUGGCAGGACAUUUCAUUCUUGAAUAGUUUAAUACAAGAAGCUCUACAACCUCGCUUUCCAGAUGCUGUUGAAAGGUGAAUAUAUUUUUUUUUCUUUCUUGUUGGCUUUCUUUCAACAUCUUCUUUAUUAAGAAAAAUAUCAACAAGGGAUAUUUUUUGAUUAGACUACAAAUUCUCACAUCCAAAAUGGUAAGAAAUGUAUAGAAGAUGGUGUGGAGAAGUGAUAUGUAAAUGAUGUUAGUGGAAUGAAUAUAGUUUACACAUUUUACAAUCUUGAUUUGUAGGCUGGUUGUCGGUUUUUCAUCGAAUGGUGCAUCAAGCAGGAAGCAGUUGGGUGCAUCACUUCAAGGACUGACUUUAAACUACAGGGUUGGUUUUGUACUUAAUUAGAAGCCAUCACUGAUUUACCGAAAGGUUCAGAUUUGUGUCGUGUGUAGUAUCAGUAAACACUGAUAUGUGGUUCAGUUUUACUGUUUUGCACAGAUAUAUUUUAGAAGAACAUUCAUUUGAUACCUGCUGCAUAAUUAUGAAGUCAUUAGAUUUUUAUGGGAAGGUGUAGGUAUUCAUGGACCUAAAAAGAAAAGAAACUGAAUCAACAUUGAAAUUUCACAUCUUGCCCUGCGUGGUUAAUGUUGAAUCUACUUCGUGAAAAGUUACACACUGUUAGAGGGAUAGAACCAAAAUAUGUGGAUUUGAUUAAAAAAAAAACAGUAUUGUGAUGUUUGUAUGCAAGCUUGCAUGUACUGUCUAUUGACAGAAAUUAUGACAAGAUGUUACCCUUGUUUUAAUAUGAGGCUGCCUUAGAAAUUAACCCUUCAACACUCAUGAGUGACCAAGAAAGAAUUUCUCCUUACAAUUUCAAUAUCCAGCAGACAAGUGGAGAGAAUAAAGAAAAAUAUCAUUUAGGAGAUUACCUGAUCCAAUACCAAAUUCUCUAAAAUCACAUGAUAAGAACUGUACAGUACUCAGUAAGGAGAAUUAUUAGUGACAUCUUGGGAUUAAAAUUGUUUAUCUCACAAAAUCUAUAUAUGUUGGAUCUCAAAGCCUCACACCAGAGUCUGUUAUUUAAUGCUGAAUUGUAAAACAUCGUAAUUGGGUGUUUGAUCAUAUUUCUUGCAGGCACCAUGGCCAGUCAGUAUCAUAAUUGACAGUUCCUGUCAGAAGCUCUACAAUCUUGUGUUUUUGUUUCUCUUAAAACUAAAACAAGCCAAGUGGAGCCUGGAUGAGCUUAGAUUUUCAGGUUUUGAAUUACUUUUUUUUCAAAUUUUUAACUCUUUUCAAGGAUGCAGUAUGCAUUUACUGUUUCACAGUAAUAGAUUCCGUUUUACUGUGCAUCAAUUCAGUAACAGGUCACAGAUGAUGUCAAAAUGUGGUAUGAAAAAAAGUGGCACACAUGGCAAAGCUAAGUGCGUCACUGAUGUAGUGUUUAGCACUAAAGGACUAGGGAUAUAGUUAAAAGUUUAGGGUGGAGUGGUACAGGAAGUAAAGAGAUUUUCACUGCCUUAUCUCCCCCCCCCCCCCCCCAUCCUGUCAUUUGUUUUGUCAUAAAAUACUGAUUUUUUUCCUGGUCUGCAAAGUGAGGGUACAGUACAUUUUCUUCCCUAACAUCUGAUGGUGUUCAUGUCUGUUAGACCUCAGAGGCCACAGACGUCAGAUGAAGACUGAUGACACUGAUGAUGAGAAUGAAACAGAGGAUGAUGGGCAGACAUCUGAAUCAGGCUCAGGGUCACCUCCUGAUCAGAAAUUGCAGCAUAAAAUGUGUGUGUUCAGGUUCAAAUUAAUGCAGUUUAUCAACUGUAUUCACAACCACUUUAUGACACGAGUAAGUGGAACAUAAUCAUGUAACAUGAAUUACUCUAAGGUACAUUUCCUCAAAUAAGCACCCAGGCGCUCAUUCAAAAUUUCAGUUAGAAGGAGAAGCACUCAUUGGAAGGAGGGAGUUUAAUCAAGGGGUGCUUAUUAAUAAAAUAUAAACAUGUACCAAUUCUACUGUAGUUGAAGCUUAAAAUGUUUUCCUUUAUAUCCACACUAUUAAAGAAAGGUGAACAAAACUUGGUCUGUAACUUGCAGUAUAGACUUUGAGCUGGGUUAGUAAGAGGUGUAUGAUGUUAUAAGUUUGGAACACUGCUAGUGGUCUGUUUUCUCUCUGUGUGCUGGAACAAAUUCUACAUUUAAGGCUUUGAAAGAAAUGCGAGACUCAGAGAACAAAUUUAAAUGGCCUAUAAAAGAGACUUAAAGACUUAAUUCAAGGGCUGGUAAGAGUUUGAGAUCAGAUUAACAGUUUGCCACAGUUGCCAUUUCUCAAGCUACCUUUUGCCUUCCCCUAACACUGGGAACAGCAAUGUUGUGAUAAAUGUUUUUGUGUGGGCAGCACAAUUUUAGUUGUUUGCAGUCAUGUAGCACUUAUCAGAGAAUUUAAAACAAUAAGAGGGAUCUGUAAAUGUUAUUCUUGAGAAAUUAUGAUUAUUUACACCCCAGUUAUAAUCACUGUUCAUUUUUAAUGAUAUUUCCUUGCUGUAUUUUAAAUUGUAUGAUAGAUCUUACAUUCAACUGUGCUAGAAUUCCAAGAAGCAUUAGAUCAGGUAUGAUGCUUUCUUGAAAAAAAAAGGUUUGUGUUACUGAUUAAAAUUUUUUACCUUAAAAAUGAAUUGUUUUUCUCUUGAAGAUGUAGAUUUUUAGUGUCAUUUAAAUUGUCGACUAUCAACACAUUUUUAAAUGAUAUGGUACACCAAAAAAAAAGCUCUGAGUGACUCCUGGCAACUGUUACAUACUUCAUUCAGAUUGCUUUGUAUUUCCUUGUAAAAAGUAGAGAUAAUUUGAAGUUGUAUCAAAAGUCACUCUAUAAAGCUGUAUUCCCCUCUUCCUGACAAAUGUUGAGGCAAAAUUUAUCAAAAGAAAAACAAACAAAAAAAAUUGUGUUAACUUCCUGUUUGUUUACAAGUUUGUUUAUCAGUUUGCUAAUUUUUUUCAGGCAGAGGAUUUAGAUGAUCUUAUCAAGGCUCAUUCCUCUUAUGUUGAGAAACUCUAUGAUCGCUGUUUGCUGAGUCAGAAGGUAAAAUGGACAUACUGUAUUGAAGGUUUUGAACUCUUAAACUCUCACAAGUGACAAAGAGAGAAUUUCUCACAACAAUAUCAAUAUAAUGUUAAGCAAACAGGUGAGGAAAAUUAAGAAAAAUAUCAAUUAGGGGAUUGUUGGAUGAUCCAAUAUCAAAUUCUCCAAAAGAACAUGGUAAGAACUGUAUGGCAUGGAGAAUCACUGAUGAGCUCUUUAGAGGGAAAAUAUAAGCUGUCAAAAUGUUUGCCCAAAAAACUGACAUUGAAAAUUAUUUCAGCAAAUGUAGUUUUGGAAAAUUUGUUUGUUCAGUUAACAAAACUAUUGAUUUGCUUUUCUUUGUUUAUUUUGUUGUUGUUCUUUUUUUAUUUGUCAGGUUGGUUAUCUGCGUGAAGUUAUUCUCAAGGUCCUCAACCUUAGUCCUGUUAUUCCAAACAUAUUGGGAUAGGGGCACUGAACUCAUCAAGUAAGACUGACCACAGUUCUUGUGCAUGAAGUUCUGAGAUACCCAUUCCUCUUAUCUUGCAAAUUAUUACAUUUAUCAUUUAUUUAAGUUUUUUUUGUUGUUGCAGUGAAGUGAAAUUCAAGAAAAUUGAAGAGGAAUUUACCAAGUGUAACACAUUCCUUGUUUCAUGUUUGGGAAAUAUUGCAAAACGAGGAGCUUUUCCACACUGUAAGUGAGCUUUCGCUGUAAUUAUAUGCCUACCUAGUGCAAAACUUGGUAGAGUUUGUUGCUAAGAGCAAGUUAGCUUUUCCAACCAGGUUAAAUCACAAUUUUGGAUAACCUUCUGCAAACUACUUCUGGUGAUGUUGGUAUCUUCAAUAACAAUAGAUUUUUUGCUACUCCUACUUAAAACUACCAUGAAGAAAAAGACUUGAAAUUUUGCUAUUCUGACUCCGUUUGAGGUAGUUGUUUAGGAUAUUUUAUUUCCACAGUAAUUCAUUCAGAUGAGCUCACAGUUCAUCAAUCCUUUAGCUCCCAUGGGUGACCAGGACAAAAUUUCUCCCUACAAUUUCAUUACAAUAUCAACCAGAUAAGUGAUGAGAAUAAAGAAAAAUAUCAAUUUGAGGAUAAUUAGUUGAUCCAAUACUAAAUUCUCUGAACUGAUGUUAUAAGAAUUGUAUGACUGACAGUAAGGAGAAUGACAAAUUUGAUCUGGGAGUCAAAGGGUUAAAGUCCACUUAGACUCUCAAGUGGAGAGAGAAAAAAUAAACUAUUCAUGGGAAUUGAACUGAGUGGAGUGCAACUUGGUCUAAAAUAAAGAGUGAUUUCAAAUUGAACCGGCAUGCUGUGCAAAGUCUAGUGCCUAAACCAUUUUUUUUUUACCUUGGAAAAUAGCUUUCAAGUUUUACUAAAUAUUGUUUGGCUUUACUUUGUUUCUUUUCUUCUUUCAGUGGAGUCACUAGCAUUUGCCUUAGGAUCAUCUUCAACUCAUGCUCCCAAGGCUUAAUUAGUUGGUGUGCAUUGAAGUAUCAAGAAUUAUGCUGUCACCACAUGGUUCCUGAACAAAUGUAGAAUAAACUCAGUUUAUUUUUAUAUGUGGGGAGGUUUGUACAUUAUGGAAUUAAAUGAAUCUCAAGAUUUAUAGUGUUUCUGUAAGUUUAAUUUAUUGUUCCAUAAAAACAACAAUCUUUUUUAAUACCCUUUUUUUCCUUUGAAUUAUUUUCAAUUGUUCCUGGCCCACAAUAUGGCCAAUGCUAGUUUAGGUGGGCCAGUCCAUCAAAAACUAAUCACAAACAAAUCAUAUAACAGGAGGAAAAAACACUUGGUAAAUUUUAUGGUGACUAGUUUGCUAUAUGGCUUACUUUUUGUUGAGAAGUGAUUUUAAAUUGUUUUAGUGUAGUGUUUAGUGUUGUAUAGUAUGAUCUUAACCCUUUACAUGUGACUCCCAAGAUCUGAUUUUUAAUUCUCCCCACUAGCUGCUAGACAUUUCCUUGUAAAUUAGUUACAAGUAUUUGGUGUUGGAUCAACAUAACAAUUUCUGUCUGAUAAGUUUGGGUAUUCUCAUCACUUGUUUGCUGGAUAAUGUAUGGAUAUUAUAGGGAGAAGUAACUUGUUAAUCACUGAGAGUUACAGGG